GGCAGGACGCUGCGCUGGUAUAAACUGUACUCUCCUGUAAUUUUAUAUGCUAACAAUACCUAGAAAUUGGGGAGCGACUUAUGUCUGGAGCAAUGGAAAACGCAUUAUUGAUGCGAGUGAGUGUGUUUACCGACCAAGGAGGGAGGAAAUACAUGGAAGAUGUGACCGAGAUCAUAGUUGAGCCCGAGCCGGGAGAAGAUGAGCCGACGUCGGGUGAGCCAGAGGAGAGCAGUGGGGGAGAAAGUGCGAUCAGCGCUCUGCCGGCGGUCACACAUCCACACCGGACUGGUGAAAACGAGGGGUCCCCGGUUUCAGAUGCAACAUUUGAACCUCUAGAAACGGAAAAUGACCAAAGCACAUCCGCGGAAAUACCUUUACCGGGAGGUCAGAGCCCUCCGCGAGCUCGACGGACAACGUCGAGUCGUUCCCGCCGUUCCGUAGCGUUCUUCGCCGUGUUUGACGGUCACGGGGGCUGCGAGGCUGCGCAGUUUGCGCGAGACUAUUUGUGGGAGUUCAUGAAGAAGCAGCGGGGUUUCUGGUCCGACUGUGACCGGGAGGUCUGCUCUGCUAUACGCAAAGGAUUUGUAGCCUGUCACCACGCUAUGUGGAAAAAGCUACCUGAAUGGCCAAAGACACUGACAGGCCUUCCUAGCACAUCGGGCACCACAGCCAGCGUAGUGGUUAUUCGAGGAAACCGCAUGUAUGUGGCCCAUGUUGGGGAUUCUGCAGUGGUUCUAGGGAUCCAGGAUGACCCCUCAGUCCCAUUCAUCAGAGCCGUGGAAGUCACACAAGACCACAAACCUGAACUACCCAGGGAGAGGGAGCGAAUUGAAGGGCUGGGAGGGAGUGUGAUCAAGAAGUCUGGAGUGAACCGGGUCGUCUGGAAGAGGCCGAGGCUGAGUCACAAUGGCCCGGUCCGUCGUAGCACUGUCAUUGACCAGAUACCAUUCCUGGCCGUAGCCCGAGCUCUAGGUGAUCUGUGGAGCUAUGACUUCUACAGUGGGGAGUUUGUGGUUUCUCCUGAGCCAGACACCAGUGUGGUGACCCUCGACCCCAGGAAACACCGCUACAUCAUCCUGGCUAGUGAUGGUCUUUGGAACAUGGUGCCACCUCAAGAGGCCAUCUCCAUGUGUCAGAACAACGACGAGGUGAUGGCACCAUGUGGGGUAUCCAGUGCCCGGCAGCUCGUCAGCCAUUCUCUGCUGCGGUGGCGCCAGCGGAUGUUGCGUGCUGAUAAUACCAGUGCCAUUGUAAUCGCCCUCCAGGAGCCUGGGACCUCCCAGGACACCCUGCACCAUGAGGAGGUGCUUCUUGACCUAACCAAGGUGUCCCAGUGUCCUCCCACCUCCAUAUCCCGUGCUGACACUCCUCUCCUUCAGCAACCUCCAGAGGAAGACUCUCCCUCUGCUGCGUGCGACCUCCUCCCUGCCCUGGAGCGACGGGAUGGACUAUCAGGAGGCAAAAGCUUGUACCACAUGAAUCUGUCUGACCCGUUUACUCUGACUCCACUGUGUCCAAACAGUAGUGCUGAGCUGCCCAGUCAGUCCAGUCCCACUGACAGGACAGCCGGCAGCAGGACACCCAACAGCAAAAGAACUAUUGAUGGAUCACCGUCACUAGGCCAUUCGGCUAAGAAAGCCCGGCGCAGGACUGCCGACAGGCCACCCCUGGUCCAACAUAACGCAGAGAAGAAGCAGAAGGAGUCCAAUAAUGUCUCCCCCAUUCUUCAGCAGCAUAACAAGACCACAGUGUGUGUGUACUGAAACACACACACACAUCAGCCUGCUGCCUCCCACUGUCAUCCUUGUCUCCAGUGGCAUUCCUGUCCCUUAUGUUUGCAGUUCUCCUGCACAUUCCCACCACUCCUCAAACCAGCCUUGCUCUAUGGGUUAUGGAAAGACUUGUCUUCAUGCUCAGCACCAGUACAAUACUCAUUUGAAAACUUGAGGGUUUUUUUUUUGUUUGUGUAUUUUUUUUUGUUAGAGUGGUCAUAAGGCAUCUCCAAAAACAUCUUGUGUCUUUGUAUCAAAAUUCCUCUGAAAUGCUGAUUAAAUGUGUCUGUCUUCACCCCUUUCCCCUCCACUUGUAAGAAGUAAGUAUGACUAAUGAUGCUGGUGUAAAUAUGAUACAUUUUAUAGUUGAGUAUUGAGAAGUAAGUCGAACUGUUCAUUUAAAACAAAUAUAUAUAUUUUUUAUACAUUAUUUUAUUGUAUAAUAGUAAUACAUGAAAAUCCCUUUUAGAUGAGCUCCACCACAGCUUUCAUCUCUCCUCCUCACUCUCUCCAGAUACCGUUGUCUUCACACCCUUUGUUAAAGGAUAUUCUGUAUUUUUAAUUAUUAUCAUCUUAUUUAAUCACUGGAGAUUUGUCUUGAAUAUGAAGGUGCUGCUACAGUUACAAGCCAGUUAAGCUACUACAUUGUGUACAUUGAUAGAUAAAUAUACAGUGGGUACAGAAAGUAUUCAGAACCACUGAAAUUAUUCACUCGUUGUUAUAUUGCAGCCAUUUGCUUUCUAGAAUUUUCUCCCAUCUCCCGACUGCAUCUCUGGAGCUCAGCCACAGUGAUCUUUGGGUUCUU